UCGUUUUGAUCAUCCAAGAAAAACAACUAACAUGGUUGAUUUGAACUUGACAGCUUGACGUGUGAAUAGGGUGAAAAGGUUAAGAAAACUGUAAUUAUUCAUACACGAAUAAUCGCUCCUAACGAGAGAUUUCACUGUGUUCAUCAAAGUAAUAGAUUGUAUAGCUUUUUGGCUAAAAUAUGAAGUUGUCUGAAGAUAAACCGCGGGCACACAGUUCUAUUGACAAUCCAAAUGAAAUUUGGUUGGAUAGCAAAGGAGCGUGGUUAACUUAUUCUCUUCUUGUCACCUUUCUACAUCUUAUGUUACUAAGCAUGCCAUUCUUUGAAACUGCGACUGCUUGGACGUUAACAAAUCUUAUACAUGAUGUGGGCAACUAUCUGUUGUUACACCAUGUAAAGGGUGCACCGUUUGAAACAUAUGAUCAAGGACAAUCCCGAAGGCUUACUCAUUGGGAGCAGAUAGAUGCCGGUGAAAUGCUUACUGGCACAAGAAAAUUUCUGACAUUUGCUCCUAUAAUAUUAUUUAUCCUGGCAAGUCAUUACACUGGUUACACUUACUCGCACUUUGUCAUCAACAUCCUCGCUUUGGCGCUAGCUUUAAUUCCAAAGUUUCCACAGUUUUAUAAAGUACGCGUGUUUGGGAUCAAUAAAUACUGAAGAGAUUUUGAAAGAAAAACGAUUUUAUAUAACACGUUCACGCCAACCGCGUCGCGUUUGCUUCAUUGUUUAUAAACAAAUGGUAUAAGAUAUUAUUGUAUGAUGCUUUAGAAAGUAGUAUAAUAUCAUGUGUUGACGCGUUCAGGAGCAACUGACAAGUUGAAAGGUGUGCGUCAAAUUGAUGCUUAAACCCAACUCCGCGACCCCCGUCCUUUACACCCUAUUCUGUAAGUAAAGUAAACGCUACCCUUGAUCUGUGUAUGGGAAGGCAUUUUUGGCAGUUUAUAAAUACUAACAACCAACACUGCCCCACCCUAUUUUUCCCCAAAUGCCCAAAAAUUAAUUUUAUAUUAAGCACCCACCUUUCUACUUAUUUGUCACCUGUAAAAUAAAAUAAAAAUAUGACCUAUAUGAACUUUUAAGAAGUAGUGUAAAAUAUCUAUUUUAUUAAAAAAGUAAAUUAUACACUCACUUGAGCAUUAUUAUGAACCGACUUAUUUUUAUGAAGAUUAUCUACUAAAAAAGUCCUUGCAAGCAAGCAAAUUACAGAGAGGUGAGGAGAUAUUUGAUCUAACAAGUUUGAUGUGUGAAAGUUUUUUCCUAAUCUAAAUUUUCUAUUGUCUUUUUAAAUAUUUUUGACAUACAUUUGUGUUUGAAUUAAAACCCAAACUGAUUGAAAGUGUGGUAAAACGUCUUUUUAGAACUAACUUUUUCUUAAGAAUUCAUAAAUUGUCGAAACUUUGUUGCUUUAUCCGCCCUCGCUUCCACGCACGUGUGAACAAAACUUAUUCCCAAGAAAAUUUUGCAUUGGAUUUCGCUGGCCGAUCCUGCUUUUCGCUGGUCGAUACUAUACUAAACUUUCUUGAAAACAGUAGAGCUGCAAAUACGAACGUCUGUAAGUCAAACAUAGUAGUAUAUUUUGGAAAUUCGUUUUUGUCAUUCUUGUAUGAUUACCUAAAACGUCAAGGAGGCGUUGAGAUCAUAAUUUCUUCUUAUAUUUUGUUUUGCAAAUAAAAAAAUAACUUCUAUUAUUUGCAUGUGUGUUUCUGAUGAUAUAUUUCGUUAUAAAGCAAUAAAUAUAUAUUCAAUAUCAUCGUA